CAACAAACAACAUUCCGCGCGGUUGAAGAACUCGGGAUGACAACAAGGAAUGUCAAAAAUUUCUAGAAAUACAGUAUGGCGGCGAACGAGACGAGGACUCGUCGACUGCACAGAGAAUUACAACAGCUAAAAACAAACGCACUGCCUGGGAUUAACGUUAACGAAGAUAUAUCAACUUCUAGUUUAGAAACGUACGUGAUUUAAGAUGACAUAUGUCGAAAUAUUCCCACUUGUAAUUACAAUGUUAAUAUGUUAUUAUUGUACUUGUACGUGUUGAUAUAGAGAUUUGUCAUUUGUACGUGUUUAUACAGAGAUUUGUCAAUUGCCUUGCUCAUUUUCAUGGCAGGCAAAAUGUUUUGAAAAGCUGUCGAGAAACAGCUUCAUUAUUUUAGUAUAUGCAUUGUAGAAAUGGAGAUAUUGGCAACAUUAUAUUACCGUAUUAAAUCUCUUUGUGAAAUCUCGUCAGGUCAAGUGGGCUCUUCGUUCAAGGAUGUUUUACACUAUCAAAGAUUCUGUAAUCACAGCAGGACUUGUGCAUCGGUAAAUUCUACGUUUUGAAGGGUUUGUGUUAUUAAACACCGAGUCAGUUAUCUCAAACUUUCCCUACAAAAUCCUUCAAAAGUUACCCAAAAUUCCUACUGUGAUCACAGAAAUGAUGAUAGUUAAAACCAGCCUUUACAAUUACAAUAAAUAAACAAUUGGCUUCCACAGCUCAACGCUGAAGCUUGAUUUGUUAUUGAGGGACAUUUAUGCAGCACCUUUAAUAUUUUUCAUAUCUUUCAGUUGGGUCAUAAAUGUUGAUGGUGCUUCAGGUAUAUUUAAAGUAAUUGUAAAUUUAUCAUCAAAACAUAGUUAUCAGUAAAUAUAGUCAACUAAUUUGGAACAUUUAUAGAGAUUAGUAAAAGAAUGGCCUUAAUGCUCAAAACAUUGAACUUUUUCAAGUAGUACUGACUCAAAGCUUAUCGUAGAAUACUACCUACACUGGACCACCACGUUUGAGAUAUCUUAUUCAGGUAGUUAGAUACAAACCACGGCAGCUUAUUGUAGAAUACUACCUACACUGGACCACCACGUUUGAGAUAUCUUUUUCAGGUAGUUAGAUACAAACCACAGCAGCUUAUUGUAGAAUAAUACCUACAUAACACUGGACCGCCAUGUUUGAGAUCAUCUGAAUGUUACACUUAUUACAGGAACACUUUACGAAGAAGAACAAUUCCAACUACAGUUCAAAUUUCCUGCAAAAUAUCCUUUUGAUUCACCACAGGUAUAAGAUAAAAUAUAUCUUAUAUGCAAGUCAGGAACAAAUUGUUAUCAUCUUGUAACAAAGUUGAUGAGCCCAACAGAUUCACAACAAGUUUUUCCAAUAAGUUUGAUAUUGUCUGCACGUAACAAGUUGUUAACAAGUUGAUGACAACAAGCUCAUAGCAACUUGUUACAAACAGCCUGUAUUAGUUGUUGCAACAACUUGUGCCAAAUAUGUUACCGUCAUCAACCUUGUAACAAGAUGAUAACAACUUGUUCCAGACUAUUACAUGUGCAGUUCAGUCCAAUGUGAACAAAACCUAAAAUCUUAAUUUUUUAUUCCACUGACUUUUAUCAAAUAUUUUAUUUCAGGUGAUGUUCGUUGGUUCAAAUAUCCCUAUUCAUCCCCAUAUAUAUAGCAAUGGUCACAUAUGUCUGUCAAUUCUAACAGAUGAUUGGUCGCCUGCAUUGUCUGUGCAGUCUGUCUGUUUGAGUGUCGUCAGUAUGCUAAGCAGUUGUAAGGAAAAGGUGACAUCAAUUUCCAUAUUUAGUACUACAAUUAAAAUACAACAAUUUCUUAUACAGGGCAAUUAAAAUCAUCUGGCAUUAUGCAUGCUGUAAGCAUGGAAAGGCAGCCCCAGGCACUUCGAAUUGUUAUACCGUUGAGCACACAGGCAAUUUCGCGGGAUAUCAGUAACAAUUUACAUGUGUGCGUCACCUGACAGCGUUGCACACAGGAGCGCCUGGGUACAAGGCUGAUGGAAAGGUCAAUUAAUACUCUUAAUAUUUCCUAGAAACUUCCACCUGAUAAUGAAUUUUAUGUAAAAACGUGUUCUAAGAAUCCUAAGAAAACAAGAUGGUGGUAUCAUGGUAAGACAUUUCUUAUAGGAUGCUAAGUCACUUGUGUUUAUUGCAGAGAACAACUUCUAAAAUUGUAUAUCACUGAUUUUUUCUAAUUUUUCUUAUUUUAAAUUUUUCAGAUGAUACAGUAUGAAAUAACAAAAAUAAUUCAGGUUCUAUUGUGAAAUGGUCAAUUCACAAGAUUUCCUUCAACAUGUAAAUACAGACUACAAUCCAAUCCAGAAGGAUCACUAAGCACCUAGAUUAGCAGUUAGUGUCUUAGGGUGAAACAAAGGGCGGAUUUUCAUUUUUUUAAAACAGGGGGGGCGGAAAAAUUUCUAGUGGGUUGCAAGCGGCAGCACUGAGUGAGCUUUGGCAGGGGUUAGGCUUAAAGAUUUUCAUACAUGACAGAAUAGGAGAGGUGAAGCGAAAUUUGGUGGGGUUGAACAUUUUAUAAGAGGGGUUAGAGAGAUUCUAGGAGGGGUUUAACCCCCCAGUAAAUCCGCCCAUGGGUGAAACACGCAGAUAAAAAUAUUGUCUAACAAUACAUAAAACUUUUAAUCAAUGUUUUUAAUGUAAUGUGGGAGCAGACAAUAGGUUUAUCUACGAUUGUUCAUUCUUACAUGCAAUUGAUCAUUGAUGGUGUGUAUGGCUUCGUCUUGUGUGAAACUUGCGUGUGAAAGUACAGCACAUGUGAGCAUUGCAUGAAUAGAACAAAGGGAAAAUGUAGUGAAAUAAUUAAAUGUUUCAGUUUUACUGGCAAUCUCGUACCCACAGCAAUGCCUGUGCACGGGCUAGGAUGGCAUUGGCUCUGGGGAAAUUGAAUUUUUCCUGUGCUGUGAUUGGUUUAACGUUUAUCAAUCGUGCAUGCCGACAAAGAACCGGAACCCCUAAAUUUAGGGUUUCCGGUUGUCAAUUUCCCCAGAGCCAAUGCCAUCCUAGCCCGCACACAGGCAUUGCUCUAGGUACGAGAUUGUUUUACUGGUGGAAUACAAUUGAGAUACCAGACAGAUGUACUUUACACAAUAUCAUCAAUUGUAACAUUGUAGUUCUAAUAUGUAGGUACACCUAUAAAUUAUGUACUGUGUUUGUAAAUAAUGUGAAAUAAAAAAUAUUUGAAG